GACUUGCACUGUGGAUAUUGUAGCCUUUAUUGGGAUAUAUUAGAAACGUUCGAACAGUUAUGUCGUUUGUUGAGGACGAAACAUCGGACAGUGGGGUGGACUCACGCUCGCGAUUGGAAAGCUAUGUGUUCAGUUGUGAGUUGUCUUCUGAAGUUCCAUUUUACACAUUUCAAGCAGACGAAGAUGAAGAUGUGGAACAUUUUCUGGAGCUCAGGACGAUUUGUCUGGGUGAUGGUGCCAAAGAGGAGAAUAAUGUUGUGGAAGUGACCGCUAUGAAUCACCAAGGAAAGAAAAUAUCUGUGCCCGUAGCUAAUCUCAACAUUUCCUGCCUGCCUAUGGUAAGCCUUGGGGAGUUUGAGUUGAUGGCUCCUGUCACACUGCGGCUGAAAUCUGGAUCUGGACCAGUGACUGUUAGUGGGUUACAUUUAGUUGCCACAGAGAAUGAAGAGUCUGAAAUAUCAGAUGAAGAUGAAGAUGAUGAUGUUAGUGAGGAGGAAAUGCCCUCAGUCAAACCAGCCAAGAAAAAGCAGAUUUAAAUCUCACAGAAGCUGAAAUUGAGAUGUUUACAUCAGACCUUUAUACGUUUUAUACAAUAUUAGAUGUAAUGUUCUUCUAUGAGACAUGAUGAAGGGGCGGUGAAGAAUUUCGUGGAAUUUUGUACUGUCAGAUUGUACAAAUGUUAAUAGUAAGGUUGAAGCCUCAAUACAGCCAGCUCUGUGAACAUUUACUUCA